GGGGGAAUGUAAUGCUCUGGAAAGGAGCUGGAGGAGAUGAGCAGGCAGCAGCAUCACAGCAGAUGCUCUGCAUGGUAGGGAUGGAGCCUGGCUUGUUGUCAGCAGGCAGAAGUUGCCUUUUCUCAGCUCUGUCUUGGCUGAGCACUGCACGGGGUGCAGAAAUAGAGAAAUCACAGCACAACUGGUACCGCAGACAGGGGAUGAUGGUGCAGAAGGAGUGCAUGGCUUUGCUCUGAAACUCAGGUGCCAGGAAGCCAAUGUGGGCUUAACACAGAGUGCCUUGGUUUGGUGGUAGACAUGAAGUCCUACCUUAGAGAAAUUCUUUCCCUGAUAUCAUCUUUCUGCUAAGUCAGGGGUUGAGAGCCCUCAGCUAUCCAGGCUAGUGAUUUUCCCCUCCCAGCACUUUGCAGAGCGCCCAGAGAACAUGGAUUUGCUUUUGUAGCCCCAGAAGGCACUCAAAGCCCAUGGGAGGGGAAGGGGCAGCAGCAUGGAGGAGACAAGGGCUCCUGGCUGCUCCUCUGCCUGCUGGGGGGGGUAGGCAAGAAGAGCUCUGCAGAUGGAGCCUGGUCUCCAUGGCAGCCCACAGCUCCAGAUCUAAAUUCUUCCCUGUCCAUGGAGAAGAUGCUUCUCCUCCAUGUGCUCCGGGGGGGCUGCAGCAGAGUCUCAGUUUGGAACAGGGAGGGAAUUGGUUAUUUAAGGGAAUGGGAGAAAACCUUGGUGCUCCCACCUUGGUACAACCCAUAGGGCAACAGACAUCCCAUCACUCACUCAUGCCAUACCCAUGAUUGGGGGUGGGGGGGGCAGAGGAAGAUGCAUGCAGAGCUCAUGGAACGGAAAGCCAGGAGGAGCCGUAUUUAGGGCACAGCUCUGGUUACGUGAAGCUUUCGCUAUUUCUGGCUGCAUCUUUUGCAUCAAUGAGAUCCUGGGGAAAAAAAAAUAAAAGAAGCUCAAGGAAGACGUGCGGGACAGACACUGCGCUGAGCUGUAGGGAUGGAAGGACAGCAUUCUGCACAUCCCAACCACGCUCAGGGGCACCUGCCAGGCGAGGCAGCCCAUUGCCAGCCCCCCCUUUUUUUGGGUGCUCCCCCCUCUAUCCUCACACCCUGCCAGAUUGUGUUUUACAGGGUCGGAAAUAGAUGCGUGAGAAGGGGCCUCGCAGAUCCCAAGUGAAAGCCAUGCUCAGCUGUCACCCACCCCAGCACCAGCUGCCAGCCCCAGACUGUUCCCAAAAUAAGCAGCCCACAGCUCUAGGGCACGACGUGGUCGAUUCCCACCUGCCAACCCUACAGACCCUCUCAGCUCCCAUCCUGGGGCUGCAAAAUCAGAGCUCAAUAGAGGAAUCCUGGGUGUCACCAGACCUGAGCAUUUCUGCAUUUCCAAUUAGCAGGGCUUUAAUUGCAGCGUUGGUUGCUUGUUAGCAGGAAAAGCCAGAUGCUCUUAGGAGUGAAGUGAGCUGAAAGGAUCUUUCUCCCCACCCAAGGAAUAUUUAAGUGUGUCUCAUGCAAACACAUUUCCAUUGUGCUGGGAACAUGACUGUGAGGACAUCUGGGUGCUGCUUGGAUGCUGAUUCACCAGGUGCCAGGGUCUAUCCACUAUGGGAGCAGGGCAAAGCUGGAACAGCUCAGGGUGCUCUUGUGUAGCAUAUGUGGGGCUCUUUCUGCACAGCCAGGUGAAGGUUGGGAGAUGGAGCUCCACCAUAAGCUCACAUAGCAACCCUACAGGGCAGUGCAUCCCUGAGCUGGGGGGCACUGAGUGCAGUGUGUUAUAGGGCAGUCCCUUUGGGAAUCAUCUCCUUUGGGCACCAGAAAUCACAGCUUCUCCUGAAUAUAACAGCCUGCUGUGGCCAUCCAGCACCAAGUGCUCAUGGUUGGUCUUGCUCUGAAGUCCCUCUUGGGUUGGAGAGGCAAAAAACAUGAUCUGUCACUUCUGUAGCCCACGUAGCAGCAUGUGCUAUUAGCGUAGGCGAACUGUCCAGUAAGCAUUAGCAGCGCAGAAAGCACAAGGCUCUGCAGGAAUGCAGACACUUGAAGUCCAGGCUUUGCUGACUUGUAUUUCUGCAGGUUGUGCAAUCAUCCGCAGCAGUGCAGGAGCCUCUCCCUGCCUCCAGCAGGGUUUCUGCACAGGGAAAUACAUCGGCUUCCCCACAGAGGGAUCAGACGGAGUGAGAGGAGGCAUUGCGCAGCGGGUGUUGAGUCAAUAUCCUCUCCAGCUCUCUGUGCCAAUAUGAUUCAUUGUUAAUUCAAGAAAUUCCUCUUACCUAGUACCGGGUUCCCUAAUCGUGGCUUAAUCCAGGCGCCUCAAUGCCACCUACAUCAUCACACCAACGCCCAUUAAGGCCACUUGUGGGCUCACCCCAGGGUCAGGACCAGGCUGCACGCUACACAGGUGCCUGCAGCUCCUUCUGCUUUUCCCAAUGCUGAUGAAAUAAAGAGCACCCAAGACAUUCUGCAGGACCUGGGUGCAAGUCAGCAGCACUUGGUGCUGCCAAUGAGCUCCAAAGUGGGUCUGGAUGUCUUUGUAGUUGCUCAAUGCAACAAACCAGGAGCCCAGCUGCCAGGGGACACUGGCACAGCACAGGCUAUGGCUGCUGCUCUGGCAUUGAGCCCACCAAACCCUCUGCCAAAGGCACUGCUGCCUCCUCUAACAAGCACCAGUCAGAGGGGGGGGUGUGAAUUCUCCCAGUGUUCAUUGAAAUAACAUUAAGUGUGAUGGACUCCUGGGCUAUUAGAGUGGAUGUAACAUGUAAUUGAGGCUGGUUAUUCUUCAUCUGGAGUGUCCCCCUUCACUAAUGGCAAAUCAAGGCAGAACACAUGGCGCGCGCUUUGUGAGCCCCGCUGCAAUUCACUCGCUGCCUCCGAUCAAAAUGAUCCCAAUGAAUGUCAAUGAAUGAGCAGAGGGGACAAUGAAUUAGAGUGAAUGAAAGCCUUGUCGUUGGGGCCCUUUGCCAGCACCGAGCCACAAUGCAGCACCGCAAGGACAGCGCCUGCCUGGGCGGUGUUGAGUUCAUUCCCAUUAGGGAGAUGAGGGUGAGGAUCACGGGGUGGGGGCAAGGUCGGUGCUGCUGAUGGGGCUCUCCAGGCCUUAUAGCUGCCAUUUCCAUGGGGACCAAAGUGAGGGGGGUUGGAGGAGCUGGAAAUGAGGAGUUGGGUUGGGUAUAGGCACAGUAUGCUCACCCCAUGGAUGCUCACACAUGGACUGUCCGUAUCCUCAGUCCUGUGUUUGCUAGCACUGAAAUCCAAACCAUUCGAUCCCAGUUUUCAUUCCAGAUCUCAAUCCCAGCCCAGUGAGAUUGUUGCUCUCCAAGUUCUGGAUUAAGCCACCUCUUCAUUAAGUCGUUAACCAGAUGCUGCAGGCAGCACAUGCAUUGCUUUCCACCAUAGAAAUGCCCAUGUUUCCCCCUAGGGCCACAUUCUUUGUGUCUCAAAAGACCCAGAUCAUUGAGCAAAACGUGGGCACAUCACCUGGCAGUCAUUGAGGGAAAAAGGAAGGAUGCUGCUCCCAGAUCUGGGCUCUUGGCAGCUGCUGCUGCUGCUGCUCCUGUGCUAUCCGUGCACCUCCCAACAAACACCGAAAUGUGUGGGCGCAUCUGCACAGAAAUGAUGAAUAAUAAUGUGAGAGGGGAAAAAAGAGUGGGCGAGAGGGUGCAGGGGAGAAGGAAGAGCUCAGAUACCGGAGGGGAAGAACAGGAUCAGCAAGGAGGGAGCGAUGCUGCAAAGCCUGGAUAGGAAGGAAGGCUCUCACUAAGGUGAGAGAAAGCAGCUGCCCGUGAAAGCUUUGCAGGGAAGAAGGAAAGGCUUCAAAGCAGCUGCACUGCCAGGAAGAUAAGAUUAAAUUCCUGCAAUGUGCAGGGAGAGCUGCCCUCCUGCGCGUGAUCACGGGGCAGGCAUGAUUGGAUUUUAGAAGGAAUGCAACAUGCCAUUCAUUUUUUUUCCCCUCUUUCUGCAAAAAUCAGCCCCAGUUCAUCCUAUCUGGGCAGCCUGCACUGCUCACAGCACCACAAACCCCUGCAUGCAGCACUGCAGCUGCUGAGCAUGGCAUGGGAUGUGCAUGGUCUCCUGUAGGGUGGUGCUCUGAGCACCACUCUGACCCUCGCUGCUGUGCUCCCAUCCCGCUGCUUGCAGAACCUUUUCCUUCCUGCUCACGCUGCGUGCUGAAUGCCAACACCUCCACAGCUUUCAAAUUAAAUCGACAGAGGGAAGGGGAAGAAAAAAAGCCUUGCCCAACCCUCCCAGGCACGCGUGGGUUGGAUGGAAACACCUCCUGCCAAAGGGGCUGGAAAGUCCCAGCUCUCCCUCCCCAGCUGCAGGCACCCACAAAUCCAUGCAGAUACACACACGGUGCUGUUAUCCCCUUCCCUGCAGCGAUACCUCCUCCACCGUUGUGCCUCUCACCCUGUUAAAAUGAAUGAACCCAAACUCAUGGAUCACUUCCAGUGUAUCAGCAUCCAGACGGGCUGCUGGCUCACUUCUCUUAAUCUCCCCCCCCAAAAAAAAUGGAUUUAGGGAUUAAAGCGGAUCUUCUGGCUUGCUGGGACUUUGGUUUGACACUUAAUCAAUGCGAGUCCUUGGGGUAAAGAGGAAAAGCAAAGAAAUCAAGCUGUGAGGGAUGGGUACAGGCUGCAGUUAUUGAGCUCAGGGUGCAGAGAAGCCCGACAGAGAGUCAGAACAUGAUAAAACAUGGGGAUAAAACAUUGGAUCAGCUCAUGCCAGGAAGGCAGUGAGGGUGCCCCAGUGCUCUGCACUAUGGGCAACCCAGAGCAAAGCCAAACUGUACAGCACCCACAGCACCAAGCACGGAAGCGUGCAGCAGGUUGCAUGCAGCAGGUUGCAUGCAGAGCAGAGCAUGCUGCUUCCAAUUGCUCACGCUCCCUGAGUGACUCAGCCAUCAAACAAUUCCUCUUUCUUCUGACAUCUUGCUGUGCAACCCAAAUUUAGCUCACUUUGGUUAUGCUCUCAUACCCGCCCACCAGCAGCUUGUCCCCUUUCUCCCCACCUCACCCUUUAAUUCCCCCAUGGAAGGCACAUCUCCGUGAUCACCCAAGCAUUGCGAGGGCCCCCAGGAAUCAGGAUUUGAUCCUUUUUUGCUUUUUCCCUCCCUUAGCAAAGGGAAUUAGUGCACUACAUACCUCCGAACCCUAAUCGCAAUGCUCAGCACACACACAAUGCCUCUUAUCUUCUUAAGUGCUACACCGACAUUAAGCGUAAUUAAGCCUCCAAGCAUCCCAUUUCAGGUGGGUUAAGAGGAGCACUGAAAAUUGAAGAGGAAUCAGGGAGAACGGGGUGAUGAAGCACCCUCAUGUGGGGGAUGCCAUUUGUAUGACCCUUUCCAUGCUGUCAAUGUUGCACCUCCAGGAGUAGCUCCCAGCUCUGGGUUCACGACUGCAUCCCACCUCCAUCCCGUCGUGCUCACUCUGCUCAUUGCCUCCCAUAGGAUUGCAGCUCCAGCACACGGCAAGGGCUCUGCUAUGAUCACAGCCAGCGUGCCACCUGCCUGGCAGCAGCAUGGGCAGUGUCAGUAGUCUCAUCUCUGGCCACAGCUUCCACAGCAAGCACUGCCGUGCCUCGCAGUACAAGCUUCGUAAGUCAUCCCAUCUGAAGAAGCUCAACAGGUACUCGGACGGGCUGCUCCGCUUUGGCUUCUCCCAGGAAUCCGGUCACAAAUCAGGCUCUAAAAGCAGCAAGAAUGAGGACUUCUUUUACAUCAAGGUCAGCCAGAAGACACCCGGCCCCCACCGCACGGACUACACGGCGCUGGGCAGCACGGAGCUGGGCCAGGCUGGGAGCAGCGGGGUGGACUUUGGGACACCCACACCGCAGAAGCUGAUACCUUUCCCAAGCCAGCUAGAAGUGGGUGUGGAGAAACCCACAGCACGACCCACCGCCUUCAAGCCAGUACUGCCCCGCUCCGGUGCUGUCCUCCAUUCAUCCCCAGAGAAUGGAGUUCACCUCCCCACACAGCUUCACCCCCUGGACAAAGGCAAGGAGCAGGAGCUGAAGCCGGUGCUGUGCUCAGGAGGGCUGUCUGACUCAGGCAGGAACUCCAUGUCCAGCCUGCCCACCCAUAGCACCAGCAGCAGCUAUCAGCUGGACCCCAUCGUCACCCCCGUGGGGCCCAUUAGCCGCUUUGGGGGCUCUGCACACAACAUCAUGCAAUGUGCCAUCAUCCAGGACAGCAACAUGAUGAGCCUCAAGGCCAUGUCCUUCUCUGACGGUGGCAACAAGAUCCUCAACCCUGGCAAAGCCCCCCAGCACCGUGCCAACGAGAAGACAGCUUGCAUCCGCUCACCCAUCUCCACCGAUGAGUCCACCAUCCAGGAGCUGGAGCAGAAGCUGCUGGAGAGGGAAGGAGAGCUGCAGGAGCUUCAGCUGAGCUUCGAGGAGAAGGAAGCCAGCUCCUGCCAGGUGUAUGAGGAGAAGCAGAGGCGCUGCAAGGAAGAGCUGGAGGGGCUGAAGCAGAAGUGCAACAGCAAACUGAAGCAGAGCUCGCAGAAAACCCAGCGCACGCAGCAGGUCCUCCACCUGCAGGUGUUCCAGCUGCAGCAGGAGAAGCAGCAGCUGCGGGAGGAGCUGGAGAACCUCAUGAAGGAGCAAAAUUUGCUGGAGACAAAGCUGAGGUCCUAUGAGAAGGAGAAGACCAGCUUUGCACCAGCGCUGGAGGAGACCCAAUGGGAGGUGUGCCAGAAGUCGGGGGAGAUCUCCCUGCUGAAGCAGCAGCUGAAGGAAUCCCAGACCGAGCUCACCACCAAAACCACUGAGAUCCUCAGCCUGAAGGCACAGCUGAAGGACGUGAGGGCCAAGAUGGAAGGGCUGGAGAUGAAGACCCAGGACCUGGAGGGCUCCCUGCGCACCAAAGCCAUGGAACUGGAGGUGUGUGAGAACGAGCUGCAGCGCAAGAAGAACGAGUCUGAGCUGCUGAGGGAGAAGGUCAACCUGUUGGAGCAGGAGAUAGUGGAGCUGAGGGCAGAGAUGGCCUUGCUCCGGGCACAGCUGAGCGAUGCCACCCGGCCCAGUGAGGUGCAGGCACUGCAGGGUGAGGUGGAAAGGCUGCGGGCUGAGCUGCAAGCUGAGCGGGACAGCAAUGAGCAGAUGAGCUCCAGCUUCCAGCAGGAGAGGCAGACUUGGAGGGAGGAGAAGGAGAAGGUGAUCCACUACCAGAAGCAGUUGCAGCAGAGCUACCUGCACAUGUACAAGAGGAACCAGAACCUGGAGAAGAUGCUGCAGCAGCUCGCAGCGGGGGAGGAUGGCAAGGAGCCCAUUGAGCUGGACAUCCCUGGAGCUGAUGUGCCCUAUGAGGAUAUCAUCGCCACCGAGAUCUGACCCCACUCCUCUUCCUGUACUGUUUGAUGAGCCAUGUAUUUAUUAGAGGAGCCGGUGCCCGGCCAGCUCCUCGCUGCUGCCUGUUGUGUUCAAGGCCAACAAGCCACUCGUGCCAAUGGUGAUGUCCUGCAGCCCCCCCUCCUGUCCCCCUAACCCUUGUAGGACCAGCAAUGAGGGCAAACAGGGACUGGGACUCGGGCAAAUGCUCGGUAAUGGGAUGAUGCCCUUGGCCCCAGCUCCCUGCUGCAGCCUGGACAGGGCACGGAGCUGCUCUCUCCUGUUAUUUAUGGCCCCCACACGACCCACUCCAGCCCUUCAGCUCCUGCAGUGCCUCGGGGAGGACCCUGCACACAUGCACUACUUCACACCCAUGGGAGAGACCCUCGGUACGCAGGGAUGGUGCCUUCCAGCUCCAGGGAGCAGAGGUUGGGAUGACCCAGACAUCAGGAGGGGAUAUUUAUUUUAUACAGAAGAUCCAGAGUUAAUGUUUCCUGCCUCCUCCCUGUCGUUUUAGAAUCACAGCAACCAAAAAUGCAUUUCUUUCCCCAUUCUCCCAUCACAGCAGUCACGUAGCCCCAGGUUGAGCCAGCAUCCGGCACCAAGCCCCCCACCCCAUUACCAGCACCCACAUCCCACCUCCCCCCACAACGAGCAGGACAAGCUUCUCCCUUCCUGCCACAAAGCACAGGGGCACUCCCAGCACAACCCAACACCCCUCACCCACAGAUGUGACCCACAGAAACCAGUCUGUGCCUUCUGCACCGCUCAGCAACCACCACGUCCCCACCAAGCCCAUAGCUGAGCCCCAAGGCUGCAGAUCAGGGACCCACACCCGAGCCAGGAGCCCCUUCCUUCCCUAUGGGCUCCCCACCACAGGAGCAGAGCUCAGCCUCCCCAGCCCCACUUUUACCCCCCACCACCCCAACCUCUCAUCCCCAGCAGCCAAUGCUGUAUGAUGUGAUCGCCCAGAGGUGCCCACUGCUGCCUUUGCACAAUGCUGUGUGUGACCGUGCGCAUUGCAGGUGUGUGAGAUGUGUGAGCUGGUGGCCGGCCGGCCACAGCCUGUACAGAUAAUUAUUAUUUUUCUGCAGGUUAUUAUUUUUUUUUUGUUGGUUCUUUUUUUUUUUGAUGUUCUUUCCAGUGACUGAUGUAAACUACUGGUUAAUUUUAUGGUUUUAAUUUAUAAAUAAAUUGGUUUUUUUUAAAACUCAAUUCUGUGCUCUGCAGGCAGCAGUCAGAACAUUUCCACCACGUCUCUGGGUUGCACAUCA